GACCUAAGAGCUGGAAUUCAACAGGUUUACACCAGACAAAGCAUGGCAAAAUCCAGAUAUAUGGAACUCUACACGUAUCCUACUGUCUAAGCCAAUUAAUACUUUCAUUGUUAGUACAAGAUAGUUUUUUAUAUACUUAAACUCAAAAUUGUUUUGUAUUUGACUUAGUCACUUCUAAGAAUAUUUUUUUAUUUUGAAAAUUAGCCUUUUCUGUUUAAUUUGCCUGGCAAAUAAGCGGAAAGAGUCUGUCUGCAAAACUGUAAUGAUGUAUGCGUCUGAGUUUCAGAUCUGAUUAUGAUCAUCUUUGACAACAGAUAUUUAAAGUGAUUCUAUCAAUAGGUCUAAUUUUGAAUCAACAAUACAGUGAAAGAAACGGGAAAAACUUUUCUCCAUUUUUAUGUUAGUUUUUGUCGUUGUGCAGUGGAUCUUAUUUGCAGUGAUAUCCAGUUACCUUGAAAAUUUUUCCUUUCUUAACCUCGGAAUAGUACUUUAUUCUGAGUUGAUUUUAUAACUUUUCAGCUAGUGUGAGGAUGUGCACAAUGGAUUUAUCUUGAAUUUCUAGCUUGAAUCUAAGAACUGUUGAAAUUUUCCAUCAUCUCCCAUGCUGGGAAUGUGUUUAGUAAGCUACUGUUCGAAAGACUUUGGGCAACUUGUUUCUGUCUGGUAAUGUGUAAAGGCCUUUAAUCACUAGUUUCAAGAAGAAUUAUGCUUCUUUUUGUAUUACAGCUUCAGUGUUUGACUUCUGAACUUUGUUUGGAAACUGAGAAAUCCUACUUUUUUGCCCUAUAGAGGAAGAAGUAUAUAAAUGGAUUUGAUGAGGAACCACAGUAAGAUAAAAUUUCUCAUCAGACCUCUGUUUUGCAUCUGUUGGUCAAUGUUUGCUUUCCAAACCCAUUAUAUAGCAGAGUAAGUGCUCCUUAAAAAGAUGGUAGUGUAGCCAAGCAUGUAGACAUCUAUGAUUAGUGAAACAAUAGUUGAAUAUAUUUCCUCUCUUGCUUCAAGCAACUCUGAUUUUUCUUAUUAUUUUUUGAUGUUUUGUUUAUAUAGAUUAUUAUUCUGAUACAUAAAACCAUGUUUAAAGGUUUUUUUCAUACAUACUUGGAAUUGCACAUCAAAUUUUAGUCACUAUUAAUAUAUUUGAGAAGACAAGCUUUGAGGCCAUAUGGUAAUUGGAUCUGUGAUUCUCUGAUCUUUCUAAGACAGAAGUUGGUUUUCUGUAUGUGUGGUUACAUGAUCAGAAUGGUUACAGAAUCGUAUCUGUACCUGCAGACUCCAUGCUCCUAAGGAGGAAAAAAGCGUUAAACAGUCUGAGCAUCUAGAUUACUUCUUUAGUAGAGAUGGGAAGAUGGAAUACCAUUUGGUUUAGGAUCAGAACUUUUCUAAGACUUGAGGUGACUGAUUCCUUGUGCCUAAUAGUGGUAUUGUUCUUGACCAAAUGAAAGAAAUCUACAGAAGUCUGAAAAGUUUCAUACAUAACUGAGCCUUGGAAUGCCUCCUAUUUUAUUAUAUUGGCCCACAAUAUAAGUGGCAUGUGUUGGUGGUAUGGCAGUAGAGUUUGAAACUUCCUGACAACAUUCCAUUGUAUUUUGUUGCUGUGUGGCAAAUGGCAGUUGGAGGGGCAGUUUGACAGAAUGGCAUCUGAAUUGAAAGUGUGUAUGAAGCAAAGGUGUCAUAGAAUUCCUCCAUGUGGGAAAAAAUGACAUCCAUUAACAUUUGUGGACUCUUGCUGAACAUUAAUGGGGACUAUGCAGUGGAUGAUGGUGAGGAUUUGAUGGAUGAAAGUGUGUUGAAAUUCUACACUCAACAGUGGGAAGAUUAUAGGUUUUCAAGCAAAGUACUCAAUGGGAUAUGUGCCUACCUCAAUCGACACUGGGUUCGUCGUGAGUGUGAUGAAGGUCGUAAAGGAAUAUAUGAAAUUUAUUCGCUUGCCUUGGUGACCUGGAGAGACUGCUUAUUCAGGCCAUUAAAUAAGCAGGUAACAAAUGCUGUAUUGAAAUUGAUUGAAAAGGAAAGAAAUGGUGAAACUAUCAAUACAAGGCUGAUCAGUGGAGUCGUACAAUCUUAUGUGGAACUGGGGCUCAAUGAAGAUGAUGCGUUUGCAAAAGGGCCUACACUAACUGUCUAUAAAGAAUCCUUUGAAUCUCAGUUUCUUGCUGACACAGAGAGAUUUUAUACACGAGAAAGUACUGAAUUCUUACAACAGAACCCAGUCACAGAGUACAUGAAGAAGGCUGAGGCUCGCCUUCUUGAGGAGCAACGUAGGGUUCAAGUCUAUCUCCAUGAGAGCACACAAGAUGAAUUAGCACGAAAGUGUGAGCAAGUACUUAUCGAAAAACACCUGGAGAUAUUUCAUACAGAGUUUCAGAAUUUAUUGGAUGCUGAUAAAAAUGAAGACUUGGGACGUAUGUAUAACCUUGUAUCUCGAAUCCAGGAUGGCCUCGGAGAGCUGAAAAAGCUGUUGGAAACUCACAUUCAUAAUCAGGGUCUAGCUGCAAUUGAGAAAUGUGGCGAAGCAGCUCUAAAUGAUCCAAAAAUGUAUGUACAGACAGUGCUGGAUGUCCAUAAGAAAUACAAUGCUUUAGUCAUGUCAGCAUUCAACAAUGAUGCCGGUUUUGUGGCUGCACUAGACAAAGCUUGUGGUCGAUUUAUAAAUAAUAAUGCAGUGACAAAAAUGGCUCAGUCAUCCAGUAAGUCCCCAGAGCUACUGGCACGAUACUGUGAUUCUUUACUGAAGAAAAGCUCAAAAAAUCCAGAAGAAGCAGAAUUGGAAGAUACACUCAAUCAAGUGAUGGUUGUCUUCAAAUACAUUGAAGAUAAAGAUGUGUUUCAAAAAUUCUAUGCUAAAAUGCUUGCAAAAAGACUUGUACAUCAGAACAGUGCUAGUGAUGAUGCUGAGGCAAGCAUGAUCUCUAAACUUAAACAAGCUUGUGGUUUUGAAUACACGUCCAAGUUGCAGCGGAUGUUCCAAGAUAUUGGUGUAAGCAAGGACUUGAAUGAGCAAUUUAAAAAGCACCUGACCAAUUCAGAGCCACUGGAUUUGGAUUUCAGCAUACAGGUGCUGAGUUCUGGAUCAUGGCCAUUUCAGCAGUCUUGCACAUUUGCUCUGCCCUCUGAGUUAGAACGGAGCUAUCAGAGAUUUACUGCAUUUUAUGCCAGUCGUCAUAGUGGAAGAAAAUUAACGUGGUUGUAUCAGCUUUCCAAAGGGGAACUGGUUACCAACUGUUUCAAAAAUAGAUACACAUUACAGGCAUCCACAUUCCAGAUGGCAAUUUUACUACAGUACAACACAGAAGAUGCCUACACCGUGCAGCAGUUGACAGACAGUACUCAAAUAAAAAUGGAUAUCUUGGCACAAGUUCUACAGAUACUGUUGAAAUCAAAAUUACUUGUUUUGGAAGAUGAAAAUGCAAAUGUUGAUGAGGUGGAGCUAAAACCAGAUACCUUAAUAAAGCUGUAUCUUGGUUAUAAAAACAAAAAAUUAAGGGUGAACAUCAAUGUGCCAAUGAAAACUGAACAGAAGCAGGAGCAAGAAACUACACACAAAAAUAUAGAGGAGGAUAGGAAACUACUGAUUCAGGCUGCUAUUGUAAGAAUCAUGAAAAUGAGGAAGGUUUUAAAACACCAGCAACUACUUGGAGAAGUGUUAACACAGCUGUCCUCAAGGUUCAAGCCACGAGUUCCAGUAAUUAAGAAAUGUAUUGAUAUCUUGAUUGAGAAGGAGUACUUGGAACGUGUCGAUGGUGAGAAGGACACCUACAGUUACUUGGCUUAAUGUUUUUAUUAGCAAUUUUCUGACUGUGUGACACUCAGCAAAUAGGUAUGUGAUGGAAAGAAUGAAAGCAACGGAACUUCAUAGCAGCUACCCUGCUGCCAUUUGGACCUCCCUUUUUAAUAACUGAGACCAGGACUCCCCAUCAGCCAGUCUCAGAUUCACAUCAGAACUGCUCAGGAUUGAUACAUUUCAAGUAUGUAAAUAUGGACACCAAUGCCAUUUAACCUAAUUUAAGAACAGAGAGGAAUCAGACCCUUCUCAUUUAAGGGUUGCAUGCUACUGCAUUUAAAUCAAUACAUUGGCUAUAUGAUAAACAGCUGCCUCCACUGGCAGCACUUACAAAUGUUGGCAGCACUUUGAGAGCAAGUCUGAAUGGACCCAUGUGUAAUCUGCUAUGGAAAAACCAUUUGUAUAGUGUGUUUCAUUUUUUAAUGUGUGAUAAAUAAAAAAAAAAAGUUAAAAGAUUUCUGUACAAGUUGCAUUUGGUUUUAUUAAGUUUCAUGAUUUCUAAAUGUAAAUAAAAGGUAUAAUAAUGGUUAUGAAAGCUA